GCCAUGUUGCCCAAGCUGGUCUCAAAUGACUACUUCAUUUUUAAGCCUAAACUUUCUCAUCUGUUUGGUGGGAAUCAUACUGGGAGGGGGCAGCGGGGGAGGGGGCAGUUGAGAAUUCAGUGCAAGUUCAGGUGUCCACAGGGCCUGGCAGAAUGUAAGCCUUCCAUCACUGGCACCUACUGUGUUACUGUUUCUAUUAUCAGCUGCCUCUACUUCUGGACUGUCAACCCCAAGUUGGGCUCUGCCCCGUGAUCUGCCAGCUCUUUAAUAGAACCACCUGGGGCAUGUCUGAGCUGAGCCCCAAGCCCCACUCCUCUGCCAGUCAGAUGGGGUCAGGACUCUGGGCUGCCCUCCAAAAGGCUCUCAGGAAGGCCCUGAGUUCUGGCUGGAGUCAGAAGUGGAGAGAUUUACAGGAGGGGCACAGAAGGAAAGCUUUCCUCUUAAAUAGAGGCAUGUAUUUGUGAUUCUGCCUGGCUCGUUUCCAUUCAUCCUUCAUGCUUCAACUCAGCUAGCCCCUUCCUCAGGAAGCUCUCUUGACCUCCCUAGGCAUGGUUGGUUGCUUCCUCUGGACUCUUUCUUUCUUUUUUUAGAGAUGGGGUCUCACUCUCUCUUCCAGGCAUAGCUCACUGCAGCCUCGAACUCCUGGACUCACGCAAUCCUCCGACCUCAGCCUCCCGAGUAGCUGGGACAUCAGGUGUAGGUCACUCUUGUGUCUGUCUCCCAGUUAGACUGGGAGCCCCAUGGAUGCAUGGCACAGGACCGUCUCAUCAUUACUGAGUCUCCAGGAUCAUCCAGCGAGGGGUCGGCACAAAAUGGGCAUUGAACAAAGAUUUGGUGAAUAGCUAAGGAUCCCCACUCUGUCCACGCGGGCACAGGGGACACCUGACCCUGUGGUGCCCGCUGUUCCCACUCCAAGGCACACGACUUGAGGAAUGGAGCGAGAAUUGGAUUUCAGUUUGCCCCUUUGCUCCGUCAGCCGCGCGCCCUGAUGGCAGUGCACAACCUUAGCUGCCGUGCGCGGUAGGGGGCGACUCCUCGGCCUGCCAGCUGAAAGGAAAGUUCAGAUUCCUCUAACAUAGUGAACCAGCCUUGCAGGAGGACGAGAAGGAAGGAAUGAGGGGAAGAGAGGACUACUUCCACCUUUUCCAUCCCGUUGGUCUCCUGGGUCUGGGAGCGCUGGGCUCCACCCUCUCUGAACUAACACCUGGUAGUUGGGCGUGCCUCAGUUUCCCGGAGGCGGGGCAUUCCUCCGUCGCCGCCCCCCACCUCCCCUUUUUCCUCUUCCUCUUGGGGCUUCUGCGGCCGCGCCUCUAGCACUCCCGGAACUGAAACUAGGUGCCAGACGGUCCGGAGGCGGGGGCCACGUCAGCGGGGCCACCCCGGGCUCGCGGGGUCCCGGCGGGCGCCAUGCGGAGGGGCGCGCUCCUGGCGGGCGCGCUGGCCGUGUACGUCGCGUACCUGGUGCUGGGCGCGCUGCUGGUGGCGCGGCUGGAGGGGCCGCACGAAGCCCAGCUCCGAGCCGAGCUGGAGACACUGCGGGCGCAGCUGCUGCAGCGCAGCCCAUGUGUGGCGGCCCCUGCCCUGGACGCCUUCGUGGAACGAGUGUUGGCGGCCGGACGGCUGGGGCGCGUCGUGCUUGCCAACGCUUCGGGGUCCGCCAACGCCUCGGACCCUGCCUGGGACUUCGCCUCUGCUCUCUUCUUCGCCAGCACGCUGGUCACCACCGUGGGCUAUGGGUACACAACGCCACUGACUGACGCGGGCAAGGCCUUCUCCAUUGCCUUCGCGCUCCUGGGCGUGCCGACCACUAUGCUGCUGCUGACCGCGUCAGCCCAGCGCCUGUCGCUGCUGCUGACUCACACGCCCCUGUCUUGGCUGAGCAUGCGUUGGGGCUGGGACCCCCGGCGGGCGGCCUGCUGGCACUUGGUGGCCUUGCUGGGGGUCGUAGUGACCAUCUGCUUUCUGGUGCCGGCUGCGAUCUUCGCCCACCUCGAGGAGGCCUGGAGCUUCCUGGAUGCCUUCUACUUCUGCUUUAUCUCUCUGUCCACCAUUGGCCUGGGCGACUACGUGCCCGGGGAGGCCCCUGGCCAGCCCUACCGGGCCCUCUACAAGGUGCUGGUCACAGUCUACCUCUUCCUGGGCCUGGUGGCCAUGGUACUGGUGCUACAGACCUUCCGCCACGUGUCCGACCUCCACGGCCUCACGGAGCUCAUCCUGCUGCCCCCACCGUGCCCUGCCAGCUUCAACGAGGAUGAGGACGAUCGGGUAGACAUCCUGGGCCCCCAGCCGGGGUCGCACCAGCAACUCUCUGCCAGCUCCCACACCAACUACGCUUCCAUCCCCAGGUAGCUGGGGCAGGCUCUGCCAGCCUUGGGUGUGCCUGGCCUGGGACUGAGGGGCCCAGGCGACCAGAGCUGGCUGUACAGGAAUGUCUGCGAGCACAGCAGGCGAUCCUGAGGCCUUGCUGCCCACCGUCUCUCCUUUGUUUCCCAGCAUCUGGCUGGGAUGUGAGGGGCGGCACUCCCUGUCCCCAUGUCCCGGGCUCCACUGGGCAUCAACAUGACCUUGUUCUCCAUCCUUUCUCUCAUCCUCUUUACGCUGUGCCUCUCUGGCUCUCUGGUGUUCUCGCUGUCUCUGUCUUUCCCUCUUGCUGUCUCUGUUUCUCAUUCUCUUUCAUGUUCUGUCUGUGUCUCUCAAUUAACCACUCGUCAAUUGCUGAUUCUACCGGGCUCUAGCCUCGGACCUCAUUUCAGGCACCAGAUUGGUCACUACACCCUGGACAAGUGACUGACCCUCUCUGAGCCUUGAUUUCCUCAGCUGCCAAAUGGGAAGAAUAGACGAAUUCACCCCUAAACCCCUCCUGUGCGCUGGCCCUGUGCUAGACAGUGCUGGAGAUAUAGUUGGGGGUGGAGAACUGCCCUUAUGGAGCUUGCAGUCCAGUGAGGUGGACAGACCUGUCCCCAGACAGUGAUGGCCCAAAAUGGGCAGGACUUUAAUGGAGGAGGUGAGGUGAUAAAAGCACAGGCAGAGUGGUCAGGGCUAAAGUCGGAGAAGCACAGGGACUAGGCCCAAUCCAGCCUAGAAGGUCAGGGAGGACUUCCUGGAGGAAGGGACAUCGAACUAAGACCUGAACUAUGAGAAAUAGGUGGGAAGAAGUUGUACCUGACUCAUUUUUCUCCCUGGUGUCUCCAGGGAGCAGGACCCAUGGAGGGAGCCCUGGUGUAGGCCUAGGCGGUAGACUCUUCCUCAGCAGCCUGGCAGGCAGGAAAUGGACAUAGGACCCAAGCCCAGAUCUGAAUGGCAUGGAGGUGCUGCCCGUAACCCUGACACCAUUGUAAGAGCUGUCCCCAUUUGUAUGUUGUGCUAAUUGUAUGUUAUGCCCUGGGCCCUGGAAUCAUCCUUGUUGAGCUCAAAUCCCAACUUAGCCUUAUCUGGCCUGUGUCCUUGGGCAGUCACCCUACCUCUCUGAUUUCGUUUCCUUAUCUGUAAAAUGGUAAUCAUCAUAAUACAGCUUCAAAAGAUUA